AUGCAGCCUCGUUAUUGGUUGUUGUCAGCCAAUAGGCAGGCGCCGUUGAAUUCGUGCGCCUGCAGAAUCAAUGCACCGCCUCCCGUGCGUGCAUGCGUGCGUGCGUGCGCGCGAUGUGCCUCCGUCGCUGUGCUAAUGAACCUUGACGACGGCUGCACUUUGCCGUCUAGGUCAAACACCAAAAAGGUAGGUGGCCGAACCCAGCAGAUGGACAAGGUUGAUGUCUUUUUUGUGGCACACGGGACAUCGUUGCUGGUGCUGUUUCUAACGCCACCUGGCGAGAAUUCAGAGGAACACUACAAAUGGUCAAUUCUAAUGGUCGUCAUCACCAAGCUAACAACUGUUAUAGUGUAG